AUGGGCCCCCAAACGUCCGGUCCGCUCUUCCAGUCAAUUACACCGGCCACAAUCGACGCCGUCGCUGCUCAAUGGAAAAGAAUGGCGGUGGCCGCCUACUCGCGCCCCCAGUCCGUGGCCUUUCCGAACUCGUCAACCUAUGACUUUCAAGAGAACCGAUACUGGUCCCAGCAGCAAGAGCUUACACGCCCCUCUUGCCGUUUUUCGCCCACACGCGUCGAGGAUGUUUCCUUGGCUAUCCUGACGUUUCGCGUAACCCAAUGCAAGUUUGCCGUCAAGAGUGGAGGCCACGGCGCCUUUGUGGGAGCCUCAAAUAUCCAAGAUGGUGUGACGAUUGAUUUCAUUCAUUUCACAGAUGUGAAAUUAUCCAAAGACAAGAAGAUUACUUCUAUCGGGGCUGGCAAUACGUGGUACAAUGUCUACGAGCAGCUCACCCCGCAAAAUCUCACCGUCAUUGGCGGUAGAGUGUCUCCCAUUGGUGUUGGCGGACUGACUCUGGGUGGCGGCAUCUCGUUCUUCUCGGCCCGGUAUGGCUGGGCUUGCGACAAUGUUUACAACUACCAGGUCGUGCUUGCAGACGGCUCCAUCCGCGAUGUCAACCCCAAGUCAUGCAACAAGGAUCUCUACUGGGCGCUGCGUGGCGGCGGUAACAACUUUGCCAUUGUCACGCGCCUCGACCUUGAGACUUACCCACAAGGCGAUAUGUGGGCUGGAUCACAAAUCUUCAUCAACACGCCAGAGACGAGCAAGGCCAUCACCAAGGCCUUCGAGAGCUUUGCCGUGAAAUCUCCUGAGGAUGACUAUGCCCAAAUCAUUACUGCCUACGCAUACGCCCAAACUCAAGGCAUAUAUGUCAUUGCUUCCGAUCUGCAAUAUGGGAAGCCUGUUGCCAAUCCUCCCAUUCUACAAAACUUCACUGCUAUUCCUGGCGCUGUCGCCGACACUAUGCGUGUGGUUGACCUACCGUCAUUGACCCAGGAGUUCAAUGCUACGAAUCCCUAUGGUUUCCGCAAAACGUAUUGGACCUUUACCUUCAAGAACAGUGCGGCGCUUAUGGAUGAUAUCGUCGCCAUCUACACGGAGGAAGUAGACAAGGUCAAGGACGCUCCUGGCAUUGUGCCCGCUGCGAUCUUUCAACCCAUCACAACCUCCAUGGCGAAACAUUUUUCCAAGAACGGAGGCAACCCUCUGGGCCUCGAGGGCCAAGGCCCGCUUACCUUGGUCAACAUUGAUAUCUCCUGGACUAGAAUCAGCGACGAUAGCCGCCUAAUGGCCGCAGCCCAAGCUAUUGUUGAUCGCUCUGUUGCGGCCGCCAAGGCUCGAGGGCUCGACCACCCCUACCUCUACCAAAACUACGCUUCUCAGAAGCAGGGUGUGUUCGCGAGCUACGGUGAGGCGAAUCUUGCUAGACUUCGAAGCAUUUCCAAGAAAUACGACCCCGACCAGGUUCUGCAGCGGCUGCAGCCCGGUUACUUUAAGUUGUACUGA